GCAGGAGCCAAUGGAUGGAGAGCAGAAGCCGGGCUUGCCCGGGCAUGUGGGAGCCUCUGCCUUCUGUGCGACCAUGUGGAGGCCGGAAGAGGGGCUUGCGGGUGUCGGGGUGCUGAGCAGUAGUGGAUCACAGCCUGAUACAGUGAUGGCCACCCACGUUCCCCUCACUGAGCUGGCAGGGAUGCCAUCGAAAGAGAGCUCCCAGUACUUUGAGUGCUCAAGCACACCUUCAGCUGACUCUAUUGGUAAGGACACACCUCGGUGGUGGCACAAGAGGAGGAGUCGGCGGCACCAACGGUUCAUGGUACACAAAGCCCUUCUAGAGAAGCGAGGUGUGCUGAAUACACCUCAGGAGUCAGAGGGCACCCUCCAGUUGGCCAGAUCAGAGGUUCUGGAGGACACAGAGGCUACCAGGUGUAGUAUACAUCAGGCUACACUUGGAUCACCUGCUACCCAACCCAGAAAAAAGGCAUUUCAGAAGAUUGAACCCAGCAAGGGUGCUGUCUCUGGCCAUGGUAUGCCCAGCAAGUGCGUGGCCAUUGACUGUGAGAUGGUGGGUACUGGCCCUGGUGGGCGGGUGAGUGAGCUGGCCCGAUGCUCAGUGGUGAGUUACCAUGGGGAUGUUCUGUAUGACAAAUACAUCCGGCCUGAGACACCCAUUGUGGAUUAUCGAACGCGCUGGAGUGGCAUCACCCGACAGCAUAUGCAAAAUGCUAUCCCCUUCAGAGUGGCACAAAAGGAGAUCCUUAAGCUGCUGAAGGGCAAGUUGGUGGUGGGCCACGCGCUCCAUAAUGACUUCCGGGCCCUCAAAUACUUCCAUCCCCGGAGACAAACUCGGGACACCCUUUCUGUCCCUAGCCUAAUCAACCAAACAGCUUUCCCUGUCCGAGCCCAAUCCUCUUCUCUCAAGAAUCUGGCCCUGCAGCUGCUGAACAAAAGAAUCCAGGUUGGCCAGCAUGGACAUUCAUCUGUGGAAGAUGCCACAACUGCCAUGGAGCUCUAUCGUCUGGUUGAGGUGCAGUGGGAGCUGAAGGAGGCCAGCAGCCAUCCCUCGAACUGUGAGGACAGCCUUCAGGACAGUGGCACAGACACUGAGCACUACAUGGAAGACCAGUUCUGGCUAGAAGACCAGACUGAAGGCUGUAAAUGAUCAAAGGGCUCCCAGGGUGGGAAGAGUAUGAGCUUCUGUGGGUAGCCCAAUAAAGUUGGCCUUGUAAUGUGUAUGGGAAGAAUGUCUCUUCUGAUACUCUGGCCAUUGGGCCCAUUCAUACAAAUAAGGUAAUGGGUUGAUCUGAAGAGAUCUCUGAUGUAGCAUCCUUUGUCAGGUGGUAGCAUGAGAAUGCUUUGGCUUCUAGGGUGGUGUGGAUUGGGGACCCCCCCCCCACCUUCUCUGGGCAUUCUAGGAGCCAGUUUCCUUUGAUUUCAGCCACAUUACUUUGAAGACAUAUUAGUAGCAAACUAUCAAACCAGCCUGCUGAGGAGGAAGGCUGGUGAGGACAUCACAUCUUUUGACGUCUUCUAGUGAACAGUGUUUCGUGGAAUUCACAAGACAUUCCAAGAGUUUGUGUGUUCAUCUUGGGCCAGUGAUGCAGUGUCCCUGCACCACCUACCUGCUCCCAAGUUACUGUGGUAUUUAAGAAUAUACUGUGCACAGGGUGUGUGUGUUUUCAUUCUUCCUUUGGUUUUCACAGCCCAAUCCCCAUCCAUAAAAUCAGGGUACUUGUCUUUGCUAUUCAGGGGCCCGAUGCAGAUACAGGGAGAGAACACUAUAUUUAAAGUCGUGAACUUGAGUUUACAUGCCAUCACUGUCACCCACCUCUGUGACCUUGGGCAAGUCACUUAAUCUGAGCCUCAGUCUCCUCAUCUGUAAAAUGAGGGGGUUGGACUAGAUGACCUGUAAGGUUCCUUCCACCUCUGAUCUAUGAUCUCAAAGAAUAGAGGAAUUAUAACUUGGGUUUUGAGCUUAGGUUAAAGGUGCUCUAACGGACUAAAAGUUUGAAAUUCUCUAAUCCAACCAAGCUUAUAAUAAUAGGGCAAAGAAAAGGAGUGUGAACCUCAGUCUUUGUAAAUUCCUACCAUCUUUCCUGUAAGACCAGUGUAGAUACUACAGGGGGAAGGAAAUUUACCGAGAAGCACCCUUUUGGUGGCAGGGUGUCAUAUAGUAGAGGACUAGCUUUGGAGUCAGAAUUGGUUGGAAUCUCAUUUCUGCUGCUUACUCUCUGUGUGACCUUGGUUAAGUCUUUUACCUUUCUUUCCCCUGGUUUCCUUCUCUGUAAAGUGAAAGGGUUGGACUGAUGUCUAAGGACCAGUCCAGUUCUGAAGCCUCCCGUUAUCUUGUGGUAGUUCAUAGGAUCUGCUGACUUUGUUUACAUGCUUUCUUUCUCUCCAUCUCCUGGAGUCGCAAUGGCUGCUCAGAACACCUCUCUGUUGGUGUGUUGGCAGAAGGAGGUGGAGAAAGCUGCUCAGCUUUUAGCUUUCCUAACUGACACACUUCUGUUGGCUUGGAUCAGGAAUUCUUCCCCACCACUAGUGCUGAACUUUUAUUAGAGGUGACCCCAAGAACAGUGGCAUAUUUGUAUAUUCGGGGUUCCCUGAAUAAAAAUGCCAUCAUUUCCACUCCAGGGAGCAUUAGAGUAUCUCACUGUAUAGAUUAGGAAAGUGAACCCUAGAGAGGUAUUGACUUGACCAAGGUCAUCCGGCUAGUUGAUGGUAAAACCUGAUUGGAGAACAAGAAUUUACUCUCUAGUUGGAGUUGUUUGAAAAGUACUUAGUCCUAUGCAAAGAUCAUCCCCUUUGAUUUACAUUCAUUGUUAUUAUGUAUAUUGAUUGUCAACAGUUCACCUCAUUUUGAAGAACAUUUCCUUUCCCUGCAUUUUUUCAUUUCUUCUUGCCUCUUCCUCUUAAACCCUCCUUUAAUUCUUCUGACCCUUUCCUUUUGUGUUGUUUAGCCCUCUCAAGUGCCGUUUUACUCUUCUUCAGAAGAACACUUUUUAGAAAUGUCUGAGCAUGCUAGGGUUUCCAAGAAAGGGUUGAGAACCCUUGGCUUAGACAGAACUAUUUAUUGUUUACAUUUGAAUAUUCCAGCAGGUGCCAUUUGUGACCCAUACCUCAGAUGUGGUUGCUACCUGGUGGGCUUGCUUAUUCUCAGUUCAGGCACUGGAGCACUUGUGCCUCAUAAUUAAUUAGUAGAACAUUGGCCUGGGCUGUUGGGAGACUUGGUAUCCAAUCCUGGCCCUCUUUAGUUGCCUGAGACCCCUAUCUUCUACCCCUCAUCCCCUACUGCCAGCCAACCAGCAAGUCAUUUAUUCUGGUGCUUUUUCUAGCUGGUGUGGGAGAGGACAUAAAAGGUUUCCUAGAUGUAGGAUCUUUAUGGCAACUAGAGACAUUCUUUGUUUUUGUAUCCCUGGGCCCAGCAGUGCUUGGCACAUAGUAGGCACUUAAUAAAUGCUUGUUGAUUGAUUGGCUGAUCAUAGUUGCUAUAGUCAACUCUCACUUGCUUUUUCCUGCAUCUCUAUGACUUAAUCUGGGAUUUCCUUCUCCUUCAUGCCCAACUGGUGUGUCCAGGGAAUGAAAUGGAUUUUCAUAUGAGCCUGAUUGAAGGAUGACUUAGAUACAGAUGCAGCUAAGAAUAAAAUCACAUGAUGCAUUCCAAAGCCAGAUAACGAUUGCUUUGGGGUUAUCUGCUCUUAUUAAUUUUAUUUUUGCCACUGCCUCUAUCCAUAUUGCAGAUGAUUGAGGGUUGACUAUAAAUUUUAGAUAAUGUAAUUUGUUUGCCUUUCCUGAGGAGUUUCUUCACUUAAGUUGCAGAAUGCUAGUCUUCCAUGAGUUUACAGCAGGCCUGAUCUGGUCUGUGAAGACCAACUUCUUAGCAUUUAAUACUGGAGCCCAGAUUUUGUGACUUCCUGGGAUUGGUUUCUUCUGAGGCUUCAACCUCCCAGUUUUGCUGGGAAUCAUAACAAUGGAGUCACUGCACCUAGGACUGACUAAGAAGCAGAAAGCAGGUUGAAAGAUCUUGGAUUGCUGAGUGGACAAAACAGGGAGGGAUGCCUACAUUCUGACCUCCACUACUGUGGUUGGUGGGAAAAGGGAGGGACUGGGAUAGAUUUAUACUGUGUUGGAAACCACCCAUUGGAAACUGCUGCCAUUGACUGAAUAAAUCUCAUUUGAGAAUACCUGCCUCUGCAUGUAUAUGUGUUUUUGAUUUAACUUU